GGAACACGUUCACUUACAAUAUUUGCACUCUCGCCUAGCUCGGUCUAAAGUGGAGGUGAGAUUCCACGUCCCUAGUGCCUCGUGGAUUCCAGAGCCUGCGCGCGCCAGACUUCUGGAAAAGGAAGCUCAUCGUAUCACAAAAGAUUCGUUCUUCAUUAUCGCCUCCGAUCGUACUAGAAAACAAGUACUAAACCAAGCGGAUUGUCUGGAACGCAUCCGACGGUUGGUUCGUGAGUGCGUGGCAGAAAUCAACAAACCUCCUCCUGAUCCAGAAACCAUCGAACUGAUCCAAAAACGGAAAGCCAAGGCAAACGAGAGUCGCCUGAUACAGAAAAAAAUGUCCUCGUUGACCAAACAGUAUAGACAGAAACCGACCGUAUAUGAUUUGUAG